AUGUUCAUUGAUACAACAGUACUGCAAUUCUUCCGCCUCAUGGACUUCGCAUUGCAGCGGGUCUGUGCACCCAAGCGCAUCGCCCUCUCGCCGCAUAUUUGUCCGCGAUCGCAGGACGGACACGCCCUCAUCCACCUCUCUUUUGCAACCCACAGGGCGCUAUCCAACAACAUGAGUCUCAUCCCGCCGUCCGCGCAAGUCAGCGAGGAUUCUCUCCGCGCUCCCGAACCAACUACGCGAGAUCCGACACCCCCCAAAACGGCGCGCGAGCGCUUCGCCUCCCUCCUCCGAGGCAUCCGCAUACGCAGGCCGCGUGUUGAACCCCCGCCCGUCGCAUCCACCCCAGUGCAGCGGGGGCGUCCCACCACCCCUCCAAUCGCCACGCACCGCCCCAGCCGUUCGCAUACCGCCUCUCCGGUCCCGCCACAGUCUCUCGGUCACAUGACAGUCGUCAAUCCUUCGGUACCGAGUGUGAACGUGAGCGGAAGCGCCUGGUCCGUCAGUGACCUGACGCGACCUCGACGGGGCCGCUCGGAGGAUGAGGACAAAGUAAUGCACGGGGCUGGGGCACGUCUCCCUACCCCCAGUGUUGUGCUCGACCCAGUUGGCUCGCCCUCUGACUCUCUGCUGUUAUUGCCCCCGUUGCCACCGUCUGAUGUCUCCAUUGGAUCCAUCAAUCCUUUCUCCGAUCCAUUCUCCGAGCAGAGUGUGAGGACCAGUUCCUUGUCCUCGGCCGAUACAAGAUAUCACCAACGGCGGAGCCGCGACGACGUGGACAUCUCCGACACGGAGUCAAUCCUCAGCAGCGAUAGUCUCUCGCAUCGUGCACAAAGAGGGGGCCUUAACCACCAAGUCGACGACAAGAGUGUGCGUGGUCACUAUGCUGACGUCAUGAAUGUCCCGCUUAGUAGAGUCGGCGGCAAUGGCGCGUCCGAAGAGCUGGUCCUCCGGCGCGAGGCGCCCGGAGGCAGACUUCAACUUCUGCGCCGAAGGCGCUUCUUCCCCGUGACGGAUGCAGAUGCCAUCGAUCGAGAGACGGCCGUGCUCGACGAUGACCCUCACAAGGCGGCGUUGUAUGGAGCCCCUCAUGAUCACGCACCUCGGAUCGGCCGUUCCCUGAGUGUAUACUCGCAACCAUAUUACGACAUUGUCGCACCCAGCGAGCUACCCAGAGUCCAUAUCAAGACAUACGCACGAGCCAUCUCGACCAAGUCAUUCGGCGUCUUCGGAUCGUAUCUCACCCACUACCGUGAUUUGUGUGCCGCGGAAACGGACACGGACUUCGAACUAGUACAGGCUCGUCCCGAACGGGAGUGGCAACUCUCAUUGACCGUUUUGUUAGCUGUUGUAGCGGUUGAUGCCACUGUUUUUGGUUUUGCUUCCACUGGUACUUUGUUUACGACGAACACGAUUGCGCGUCGUGCUUGCUCUUUUUCUACCUUGGCGCGGACGCGGGGAAGUUCCAGAAGCUGGCAUUGGACAUCUACGCCGACUACAUCUUCUUCUCGAUAA